AUGCAGCACCAGCAUGGUCCAAGGGCUCGUCGACUACGGCGAUGCGCUCUGCCGAUGGCUUUCAGCAUGACCAUGAUGGCCUGGGGCGCCAUUGAUUUCAACAAGGAGAUCACCUCUGCUGCUAACCAAAUGGCUUGGCUGCCAUCAGAUGGGGGACGGACUACUUCGUCAAGGCUCAUCCACACCACAGCCCAAUGUUCUGUGGGCUCAGAGGACAUGACGACUCCCAGAACAGCCUACAAGCUUGACCAGAACCAUCCUGGCUCGGACCUAGCAGGCGAAACGGCUGCAGCGUUAGCCGCGGCUUCCUUGGCCUUCAAGCCAUACAACUCUUCCUACUCCAACCUCCUCCUGUCCCACGCCAAGCAGCUCUUCUCCUUCGCCGACGACACCAUCCAGAACGCCAAGCAAUUCUACACUUCCUCUGGCUACUCGGCCAGUUACCACAUCACAAACGACGAGCUGCUGUGGGCCGCGGCAUGGCUCCACCGCGCUACCGGUGAGGACUACUACCUCAAGUACGUUGUGGACAAUGCUGUCUACAUGGGCGGAACUGGAUGUGCAGUGAAGGAGUUCUCUUGGGACAACAAAUAUGCAGGCGUUCAAGUCCUCCUCUCUAAGAUACUACUCGAAGGACGCGGCAGCCAGUACGCAUCAACAUUGAAGCAAUACCAAGCAAAAGCAGACUACUUCGCCUGCUCCUGUGUUCAGAAGAACGAUGGCUAUACAACAUCCAGAAAACCCCAGGAGGCCUGA